UAAGUUGGUUCUUUAAUCUAUGGUACUACUAGGUACCUAGGAGCGUAGUGUUGUGCGUUCUUUAUUCUAUGGUUGUGAAGGCAUGAUGGUUGGCCUAGUUGGGUUGGUUCUUUAUUCUAUAGUCCCUAGGCCAAAAGAACUCGGUGAACUCUGCAAUAUUCGUUUUCCCGUGCUUGUUGGAGCGGGCUUUUAAAUAUGUUACGGAAAGAGUGGUGAGUGCAACGAAUGUUCGUACUUUAAAACAAGUGCAAGAGUUGUGUGCGGGUGGCCGUCGACACUUCAAGCAGUUUGCUUUGAACUCUCAUGCCCCGCAACGCAGUAGAACUGCUCAGUUUUGACACACAUGGCAUCACAACGCUUUCUACACUCAAGUGCCAGCUUUGCAAGCCGCAGCUCAAGCUCAUCGCGGCCGCGUCCAGGCAGCGGCCAGUGGCGAACUCUUGCAAACUGGGCGAUGUCAAGAUCGUCAUCGGAGGCGUCUCUCAGUUCGACUAUGUUGAAAGAAAGUGAUCAUGAAGAUGACUUGCCUAACGAGUCGCAGGCGCGUCAGCAACAUUCACUAGCAAGGAGCCCCCAGAGUCCACUGAGUGGCAACGCAAAAUCCAAGUUACAGCAUGAAAACGUGAAAAGGAAGCGAACGAUAAGUGGAGCUGGCUUGCCUCCAGAAAUGUCACCGAGAAAAGUAUCCAGGCCUAAGCCUGAGAAAGUGGCAAGUUCCAAGGCCUCUCCAUAUUCUACCUCAGUAGCCAGUCCAGUAGUUGCAACACCUCGCAAAUCAUUCUGGAGUACUUCUUAUCGUGAAGAGGCUGCUUCUGAUUCCUCGGCACAAAAUGUUCAGAGUGACAGGAAAAGUGUACCUGAAGAAAAAUCUGCUGAUGGGUUCAGCAGAGCAAGGAAGGGACAAGCUAAUACAAGUUCGCAGUUUUCUACCAGAAGUCAACAGGAUCCUGCACCUGGUUCCUCUCGUCAUAAAGAUGCCACUUCAGGGCUUGAAAGAACACUGGCCUCAACUUCAAGUAGCAGGAUGACAUUAAAAGAAAAGCCUGCUGUCAAAAUCAGCACAGUAAGGCAUGGACAUGAAUCUUCCACUUACCAGUCAACAAGUAAACGCAAGCAGGUUACACCGAAAAAAGCUGUGAGAAAGUCAGUAGGACACAAAGUGAUGCGAGAGAUUGAGCGUCACCGGUCAUCUACAGCGACGCUUAUCCCCUGCCUUCCAUUUGCUCGUCUCGUGCGCGAGAUUCUUUUUCGUAUAACUGGUGGUGAUUUUAAGAUGCAGAAACUGGCCCUGAAAGCACUCCAUGAAGCCAGUGAAGCAUUCAUUGUGGCACUUAUGGAAGGCACUAAUGUUCUGGCUCAUCAUUCUCACCGUGUCACAAUUAUGAGCAGGGAUUUAGAUACUUUGCUUACCUUGAUAAAAAGCUAUGGCAACCUGCAAGGCUGCCUCUCCUAAAGGAAUUAAGAUGCUUCUAAUGCGAAAUAGUCAUCCACUAAAAUGAAAGAUUUGCCAGGUCUGUGUGGUAAGAACAAAAAUAGUGAGAAAUUUUAAUGGCUUUUAUUCUGCUUAACUCAUAAUCACGUUUGACUUAUCAAGUUACAUUGGAGUGAAAUUUUUAUUCCCGUGCUUGUGUUUUAUUGUAUACUAUUUGAGCUGUCAAAUAGUACAAAUAAAGUGGUAUAAAAUCUGCAAGGUGACCUCUAACUAAUAUUCACUGAA